AUGCCACAUAUAUCUUCGAUUCAACAAACUGUAGGUUGUUCAUUAUCAAAAGUUGAUACUUAUGCUGAUGCAAUGCUUCGUACAUUAUACUCUUUUAAAACACCUCCACCACCUAUGCCUUUACAUGCUCGCCGACAGUAUCGUCGUUCGUAUCCUCAAUCGGCAACGGUGUCACAAUCAGUCGUAAAUGAAUUAGUGAACGGUACUUCAGAUAACCAACAAUCGAUAGCCGAUCCGUCCUCAUUAUCCUCUUCAACAUCAUCACUAUUCAGUUCAUCAUCAUCGCCUUCGUUGGCCAACACAGGCGAUAAUUAUUUUACACUCGAAGCACGUUUACCCUUGGUUAAAAAUAAAGUUGAACAAUUAGAAAAAUUUAAAAGAUUACUUUUACGUUUGGAUAGCGUUUAUAACUCUAAUUCGAAUAAUAAUAAUAAUAAUAAUAAUAACAGUCAGACAAUGUCAACAACAACUUUACCACCUCCAUCUUCACACAUUAGUGAUCGUUAUCUAUUUGGUUCACCUUCAAAUGAUAAUCGAGCCUCAAGAAUGUCUGCAACAACAAGAGCAACAAGAAAAACGAAAUCAAAUCAUCAGAAUCCUGUAUCAUCAUCAUCAACACCACCACUGACAAGAAAACGUUAUAAGUUUUCAUCUGCUGCAAUCGACCAAAAUAAUAAUAAUGUUUAUAAAUUUCCUAAUGAACAUAUUGAACCACGUUCACAUUCAACAGAUUCUGAUCGAUAUUAUUUUUCGACUGAUGAUUCACUGAAACAACCACAAAAAACUUUAACAUAUAUUCGUUCUGGUAAUGGAUUAGAACCACAUACAAUAACAUUUAUCGAUGGAACUUCAUCGAUCGCUGAGAAAAUUUCAUUGCCAACAACUAUCGUAACUGAUACACCUUAUCUAUUUUCAAAGACAUCAGAAUCUCAAGCACAUCCAAGUAUAACUUCACCAGUUAGCCAGCAGGACUCGUGGAUUGAACAACGGCAGCAGCCGCACAUUGUCUUUGAUAGUAUUACGGAUUUACCUCCGAAUGCACAAUUAAAACGCUCACGCACAUCAAGUACAAGUCCAGAACAUCGACAUCCAACAAAACGUUCACCAACACGUAUGGAUACAAUAACAUCAACCAAUGGUUCACUGUCAACAUUGCGACGAUCACCACCAAAUAAAGUUCAAAAUGUUCGUUUCGAUCCAUCGACAACAUCACGAUCCUAUCUUGAUGAAGCACGUGAACGUUUAGCUGGUAGAAAACGUGGACGUUCACCACAAGCAUUUCAACAAUCGGUUGAUCGUCUUGUUUCAUCAACCAAUCAGAAGUAUCUUCAUCAACAAAUUUUCUCACCACCAAUAUCAUCACAACACAAACCUUAUGUUAGUCAAUACUAUGCACAAGAAGAACCUCCAAUUGACUAUCCAAUUGAUAGUGAUGAAGAUGAACCACAACAAAAGCGUUCACCAUUUUAUAGUCGUGGUUUGAAUACAAAUCGUACACAUACACAAAUAAUGAAAAAUGUUAAUAAAAGUUUAAUCGAUGGAAAUUAUCUAAGCGAUGCAAAUCGCAUUAAACAAUUAGAUCAAAAUUUCAAUCGUUAUUUACGUUCUCUGGAAAAUCAAUCAUUACAACGUGAAUUAAAUCAUGAUUUAAUACGAUGUUUUUCAUCGACAUAUUUAGAUGAUUUACGACGAGAAGAAAAUCGAAAUAUUCAAACUCGUAGUAACAUGCGUUCGUACACAUAUGAAGAUGUGCAAGAUAUACAUAUGUCACCAGCAUUAGAAUCGUUUAAGAUGAAACGAGCUAUUGAUAGAGAAAGACGUCUUCGUUUGAGUACGAGCUUCGAUGGACAAAUAACAUCAUCAACGCCAACAUCAUCGCUUGGCGCUGGAAUUCUAUCGCCAUUAUUAUCAACCUACAGCCCAAUUAUGACUGGAAGUUUAAAUGAAAAUAUUGAUGCACAAUCAGGUGGCUUUGACACUGAUCGUCGGUCACAAAAGUCACAUACUUCGACGGCACAAACUCCAACUAAUGGUCGUCCAAGCUUCAGUACACCAGGCCCAAAUCUUGAUAUGUUCUAUGAAAUCAUGCACGAUCGUUUUCGUGGCGUUGACGCAACUAUUGCUGGUCAAGUAUCGAAUGCUUCGCAAUAUGCAAAAAAUAAAGGUCAUCAGCAACCACCACCACCGCCAACCACAACAUCUCAGAUGAACCCUGUUGAUAAUGAUAGUGACGUUGAUAUUAAAUCAAAUUCAUCGUUUUGGUCAGAUGAAGAAGAAGAACAACAACAGCAAACAAUCGAUGACAAUCAACGAAAAACAAUACCAAAUCAAAGACAAUUAUCACGUUACCUAUCAACAGUCAAUCGUUCAUUGCUCGAUCGGCCAAGCGAUCUCAUUGCCGAUUUCUAUAUCUCACAAUUAAAUCAUAGUAUGAAAGAAAGUGUACGACAUGUGGAGACAAUUGCACGCGAUAAAGCACUCAUGAGACAAGAUCGCAAUAGAGAAUUUAUUGAAGAAACAACAAGUAAAUUAGGUCGUAGUUUAUCUGCUGAACAUUUAUAUCAAGUACGAAAAGAACAUUUGCGUUACAAACAACCAGUUACGACGCCAACAUCGUUUACAGUUGAAGAUGUGGCUGAUAUUUAUAAGCCAUUCGUUUUGGAAAAUUACAAACGAAAAAUUGCUAUUGAAGUUGAACGACGUCGACGAGAAAAACAAGGACAAUUAAUGGCUGGCUCCAGUACUCCAUCUAUGUAUGCAUCUGAUACAGAUUUUAGUAGUGUCGUUAGAUCUACUCAACCACCUAUUAUUGAAGCACCACUUAUUCCCGUCGUUGAUCGUGGAGAUCGUACAUUAAAUUUAACUCGUACAAGUAUUCUUCGUACCAAUGAACCAGGUGCUCAAACAAUCGCCAAUGAUCCACGCAACGAAUUGAUUAUUGUUCGACCACCGGUUGUGCAAACAAAAAAGAUUCGUACGGGCCGUGCACGUCGAAUAGUCACUGAUGAUGGUAGUGCUGAUGUUGUUCAUCAUGUUGGCAUUGUUUCGCCACCACCAUCAUAUUCAGCUCUUGAACCCGUAUCCGCGCCGAGAGUACCAAUUAAAAUCGAACGAUAUGAUACUGCUCAUAUUACCACAAUGGCACCUCCUGAUUUUGUCGAUCGUACUGAAAUAUAUAUUCGAAAGGAACGAGCUCAUAGUAAUAUUGUUCAACCAACUCCAGAUGGUCUUGUUGACCGUGCAUUAGCUACUUCACAACAAGUACUUUUCCGAAAUGCUGAUUAUAAUACAAGUCUACAAAUAGCAACACAGAUUGUAACAUCACAAACUCAAAUAAUAUCACCUCCUCGUUCUCCAGCAAAAAUUUAUACUCCAGCAGCAACUAAUAAAGGUAUUCGGGUGUGUCAUGCUGAUCGUGUUGAAACUGCCUCAGGAAAUCAUGAUUUAUCUAUGGCUAAUAUUAAACCAAUCUUAACGCUCAAUCAAGGUGAAAUAACCGAAUUAAAUUUAUUAGCCGACCACGCUCAACGUCUACAAAUACCUUCUCGUGACUAUGAUCAUGCUAUGGUUAUAAUUACACCUGAACAAACACAGGAUCAACAUACUAUUGAUCCGCGACCAGUUUUAUUAGCUGCUGCUAGUAUCAAUCGAUUAUCUGAUCAACCAAAUGAACAAGUAACUCGUCAUAUUCACGAAGAAAUAGAACGUCAACAAACCCAAUUAGUAACACCUGUACCUGAACAUAUGGCUAAAGUUGAACAAGAUAUUGCCAUAUUUGAAAAUAUAUCUGCAGCCAAUAUUCAUCAAUAUACUCGAAAUAAAUUAAAUGAAAUGCUCACUGAUAGUGGUAUUGUUUCAUUGAAUACAUCACAAGGAAGUGAACAACCUUUGAUAUUAAAUGCAUCGCGAAUGAGCCGAUUAGAUCCUUCGGAUGAAGAACAUUUAGAAAAUUUAAUUGGCGAUGAUUAUUAUCAACGAUGUAUACGUGCAUACGAUCUUCUACGUCAUGUCGAAAUCGAUCCAAAUACAAAUAUUCAACCUGUUCGUUCUGAUCAAAUUAACAUAUUUGAAAAUACAAUUAAUAUUCCAUCGUCUAAUCUUAAAACUGAACAUACCUAUGUGAUUGAGCAUGAUCCAAUUGAAACAAUUCAAUCAUUGCAACAUACAGAUGAACCAGUUAUCUACGAAACUGUCGAAGAAACUAGAGUAAAUAGAACUCCUGGUAGAGAAUAUUUAACAAGUACAAAUAUUGACUUCGAUAAUCAAGUUACAAAUCGACCUACAGAAAAUACAUUAAAAUGGGGUAAACCAGUUCCUGUUAAAACAUAUCCGCCAGCUGAUAUUCCUCGUGAACCACUGCCAAGUGUUCCUACAUUGAAUUAUGGUGAAGCAAAUAUGAUUUCAUUAUCUCGAACAUCAUCGUUCGGUUCUGAUAACGCACUGAAACAACAAUCACAAGAUGCAGCCAAGGUUACUUAUAAUCGACAUGAUACCAGCUCUCUUGAUAAAAUUACACGACCGUUGUAUCAACAUCCACCAAUACUAACACAUCAUGAACAACAACAACAAACAUCAGUGGAUAUUGAUGAAGAACCAAUGGCUGUACACCUUGAAACAUCUUGGAUAACUGAUGUUUCAUAUGGACGCGCAUCAUUUAUUGGUCCUAUUCAACCGUUGAAUGCUCCCAAAGAGCUUAUUGAGCCAAAUCGCCAAGCUUUGCUGCUCGAAGAGCUGGCUACAGCUACCACUGCUGUAAAUGAACAGCAUGCUACACAAGUAAUUGAAAGUAAUGAUCAUCAAAAUAGAUUUGAAAAAAUCGAACAAGCUAAUCGUGUACCAACGAUUAUUUACGAUACCGAUUGGAAAAAUGAAGAAACUAAAUUUCUUUCAAACGAAACGAAACCGGAUUUACAACUUGCUAAAGAAAAUCUUCUACCUAAUAUUGAAUAUCAACAAGCAAGAAUAACUAAACCAAGACCAAUCUUAUCACGUGAACAUUAUGAAUACAUUGACAAUGAUCCACAAGAAGUAGCAAUACAAACUGAUGUCAAAUCACUUCCACACGCCCAUUCCAAUGAACAAGCCGAAUUAAAUAAUCAAACUAAUUUUAAAUCACCACCUACCGAACACUCCAUAGCUAAUCAAUUAAUUCUAUGUCGUCCUAUAAUUAAUCAUCUAGAACUCGAUGAUGAACAACCAUCAUCGUUGUCACAUGAUUCUCUUCUCGCGCAACAACCACAAAAACCAAAUAUAAAUUUAAAUGAACCAAAUCAUUUAGAAAAUCCUAUUCAUUCCACAUCUAUUCUAACACUUAAUUAUGCUCAACAUAGUCAAGAAGUAAAUCCGCCAUGGCAACGAGUUUUCGAUAAUGAACUCUCUGAUGAAUAUCAACAUUUACAACAAAAUCUACAAGUUCAAACUGAAAAAUCAUCACAACUAUCCGAUGGUUCAUUACUUAUUCGACAUGAGCCCAUCCUACCCGAAAAUCCUCUUCGUUCUACCGCUUUUCUAACACUGAACUAUGCACAGGAUAAUCAAGAACAUAGUUCCGCAUGGGAACAAAUAUCCGAUCAACAAUUUUCUAAUCAACAUCUACAACAACAAGUUCAAAUUCUGCCUGAACUACUCUCACCGCGACAUCUACCAUUGAUAACAUCGGAAGCCGAUGAGCGAACAUUAAAAGAAUCCGAUAAUUUUGUAGGCGAAUUUCAACAAGUACCCCUUUUACAUGAAAAUGUUCGAAUAGAAACAUCCGAUAAAAUACCUCUUGUGUCAUCGACAAACAUCGAUCAAACAAAACCAGUCUAUCGUGUACAACAACAACAACUAUCACCAACGCAUGAAUAUGAUUAUGCACAAAUAUUGACAAUUCAAUCGAACAAUAUUGAUCGAAUACAUACAACACACGCUGAUUCAAAAAUAAAUGAGCCCACACAAUUUGAACAACGACCAGUUACUAUUGAUAUUGAGGUUCGUGUGCGACCUGCACAUUCCGAUACAUCAUCGAUCGUUGAUAUGGAUUCCUUUUUAAAUCGUUUUGAAGAAAGUCUUGAACCAGAACAACAUCUACCAUUAGUUGAUCAAGUAUCACUAUCGUAUGCAACAUCAAUACGAUCAACAAGCGAUGGUACACAACGUGCCAUUGAACGAUACGAGAAAAAACAUCCAUUUUUUAGUCGUGCAUUACCCACUGAAUGGAUAAAUCCAAGGAUGCUUCCACACGAUGAGCAAUUAGUUGAACAAUGGACCGUAGAAAAAAAUAUUGAGACUAUUCAACAACAGGUAGAGUUGAAUACUAAUAAUAAGUGUUCGGGUGUUGCUGCCGCUAUUGCUAAUUAUGCUUAUUCUAUUGAUGAGAGGUUCGAAGACGAGACAUCACAGAGUAUAACUACAAAAACUACCGAUGAUGAAUCAGAUAAUAAUCAUAUAGCCGCAGGUCUUAUCGUUAGUCACUGUUCGCCAACUAGUGACUAUGAAACUGAUUCGCUUGAUAAAGAUAUUGAUACGACUUCGACAACGACUAGUAUCGGCACUAAUCGUAUAUAUACUGCUACGCCAAUAACACCUAAUUUACCAUCGCAGUCAACGGGUACAGUACAGAUUGUACCUGUUGAUUAUUUACUUGAUACGCUAGCCGAUGAAAAACGAACACAAACUAAUCCGGCGAAAGAUUUCCUAUUAACAAUUGGCUUUGAUCAAGCUGAAAACAAUCAUAAUGCAUAUAUUCAUCGUGCAAAAGAAAAUGAACUUGAACAUGACGAUAAUCUAUUGUUAUAUAAUUUCGAUGAAAAUGAACAAGAACUUUUAAAUACAUUUUUUGAACCUGCACAUUUCUAUUUACCUACUGUUAACGAAAUAUCAAUCUACCAAAUAAGUUUUCAUACUCAAUAUUCGAGUAUUUCUGCACCGGAUUUUCUCGAACCAACUAUUCAUGAUGAUGAUGAUCGUCUAUCAUCAAAUCAAUGUAGAACAACUGAGCAAGAAAUACUUUUGUGUGCAAAAAUAAAUCAUCAAAAUGAUUAUGAAGAUGAACAACUAAAAAGUCUAUCCUAUAAAUAUGAACAGCCAUCAUAUAUCGAACAUUAUCAUAUACAACCAUUAAAUCCAUUAUCAGAAACAUUCGACAUUAAAAUUGAUGAGCCGCCAACAAUCAUCGAAAAUGACGAUGAUCAUUCGACGACAAGUCUUUUACCGGAUGUUAUUCUAUCAACAACAACAAUCCAUAACGAGGCAUACAUACCGCAUGAUUCAAAAGAAGUAAAAAUAUUACCAACACAUCCUACAAUCGAAUCAACACCAUUGCCACCAUCAUUAGAUUCACGAGUUCGAGCUCGACAAACGACACAACCUGAUGAUGCAGAACAGUUAUCCGAACAGCACUAUGUCGUAAUAAACCAAGCCACGCCUACACCUUCUAUGCGUAAAGUGCGUCCAUCACGCCCCGGUCCGGCUAUUCAACAACCAAUAAUGAUUGAUUCUACUGAAUAUCAAACUACUAGAAUUCCUUUUAACAAUGAACCAAAUGAGCUUCAUUAUGCUGCAUCAAGAUCACGAGAUCAAACGGAUCAUUUACCACCAGCUCGCUUACCAACUGAACAAAAACCUGAUGUUGAACGUGCACGUUUAGUGCCAUCUUCAACUAGUCCAAUCAAAGAUCUCGGAGGUGAUGUUCUCAUACGUGAGACUAUUGUGCAGCAUGUUAGUGAAGAUGAAAAAUCCACGUCAAGUGAAGAAGUUGUUUUUGAAGAAUGGAGUGAAGAAUUUCGUUGUCGUCGUACCGAAGAAUUCGAUAAAAAUACAAAUAGAUUAUUGAGUAGAAGAAUUGAUCCAAUAGGUGCACGUGUUAAAAGUGAUGUCAUCAAAGAAGAAUAUAAAGAGAAAAAUGAGCGUAUCAAAGGACAUAAAAGUUAUGAUAUCGUUAAAGAAGUUUUCCGACGUGUACCAGCUCACUCGGUGGAUCCAAAUCAAACACCUAUUGUUUCUAUUGAACGUCCAGAAAGUCCUGUGUAUGAGGAAAUAUCACAGCCUCCUCAUUCCAUACGAUCAUCAAUAUCACCUGAUUGUCAAGUAAUCACUGAAAUUACACCAAGAAAUCGUCAUUGGUCAUCCGAAGAUAUUUAUACAACGGAAAUUGUUUAUGAUUCGCAACUUGCUCGUGACAUCGAAUGUAUCGCUAAUGCAGAGCGUUUUGAUAGAAAAUUUGAUACAACAACUUCACCAUCAACAUCAUCUGCAAAUUAUGACCGCGUACGCCCAGGUCAAUAUACAACAAUCCCAUCGACAAGUCAAGUAACAAUAUCCAGAGAACAACCAUCAACUUAUGAUCGUAUAUCAAAUAUCAUAACACCAUCAGUACAUGUUGCCGAUCGUCGACAACAGCAAAACGAAGAAUUUGUUAGCGAAGAAUAUCAUGUUGAAUUAGAACAGAAGAAUUCUGAUGACAGUUCAUCAUCAGGUCAAAACCAACGAUUUGCAAUUAACACACAGCAACAACAACAACGACAACAACGUGGAUUAUUUGAAGAUGAUAUGUCAGAUGCCUAUGUGACAACUGGUGAUCGUACAUAUCAAGGUUUGACAACCAUUGUUGAUCAAGCUGGACAAAGACGAGACUCCGAUUGGCGAUCUAAAAUGAAACAAAUCUAUGCACCAACAUCAGAUGACGAUCAAUUUGAUCAGCUUGGAAAGCCAAUCAAUGAUAAUUAUACAGCACAACGAGUAAUUAUCGAGCCAACAAAUAUUCAACAAACAUUUCAAGAUACGCAAAUAAAUAAAUCUGGACAUGAUAAAAUAUUAAGUGAAGAAAAUAAAUUGACAGCAGCUCCCCCAUCAAGACAUGCUGUCAAAGAAAUUCUCGUUCGUGUAACUCGCGGACCGUCACCUGAUAAACAUCUACGUCAGCAAAUUUAUCAUCUUUCGUCCACAUCGGAUGAAGAUGAACAGGAAAAUAAAAGAUUGGUAUUCGCCGAUUCUCUUCGAGCACGUGAAACAUCGAAGAAAUUUAUUUCAACAUCACGCACCGAUGAAGGUCGGCCGAAACCACCGAAACGAUCAUCGUCAUCAUCUAUCAUUGAUGAACGUCGUGCACGAUUUGAACAACCGCAAUUCGACACUUCAAAUGAUUCAACCAACAAUAAAAUUGAUCGAACAGGCUAUGGUCGUGUUGGAGCAUUAAGAAAUGCAUUUGAAACAACCACAGUCACGAGUGGAAGUAUCAGAGAUGAUCAAUCAAAACCGAAAUCACCUAUCACAACUGGCUUAACUGAACAACGACGACGAAUAUUUGAAGAACAAGAACAAGCCAAUAAAGGAUGGACAUCAACAAAUCGUCGAUCGCAGCAAGUUACAUCGACUACGGUUGUACCACAAAGACGAAUUUAUCGUAUAAGUGGUCGACAACCAACACAUAUCAUCGAUGAAUUCGAUACUCAUGAACGUCGUAUGAGUGAAACACAUACUGCACCAUCACGCGUUACAGAACGUAUAUCACAUAUUCAAAGUAACGAAUCGAAACCAGCCGAUCGUCUCAGUCGUACAGGAUACGAAACAAUUAAAUCUUCGUUUGAAUCUUCAACAACAAAAUCAACUGAACAACUACAAGUUCCUCCAAUAUCAACUGAUUCACCAGCAAAAGAUAAACGUAUAAUCUCAUCGAUUGAUUCUGACGUAAGUGGUGCAUCACCACCUAUUUAUCAAAGUACACCAAAAUCAGUAAAACAAAAACAGGAUGAAGAUGCUGGCCAUGAAAGUGAAGAUGAAUUAAGUGAUCCAGCCAAUCAACAAGAACAACAGUACGACAUACGAAGACGUACACCAAAAACACGUUUAAGAGAUUUCUCACAAAGUACAUCACAACAAAUGGAUGAUACAGCAUAUCUUAGUCAACGAAAUAAAUCAUCAUUUACGGAAUCCAAUAUGGAAAAUAUUCUUUCACAUGUACCGACAAGCAAAGGUAAAGGUCUGCUGAUAGAACUUUCUCCACAUUUAUCGCAAGAAAUUCCAGUAACGAGCACAACAAUGAAACCAAGUCGUGAUCCACAUAAAGGCCUUAUGGGUUCCGAUUCAGGUAUAUUUGAAUAUUCAACAGCUACAAGUCAACGUUUACCCGCAAGUUCAUCAUCAUGGCGUAAUAAUGUAUCAUCGUCCAUGAACGACGACGUUAAUCGUACGCCAACAACACGUGAUAGUGGUAUCUAUGGUGAUUCAGUAACAACAACAUUAAGUUCACGUUAUGGUCGUCGACAAGCUUCGGAUACAGAUCAAACAACAAUUCAUGGCGGAGACGAUUCUGUAUCACGAUCAACAUAUCGAUAUGAUACAGAAAUUAUUUCUCCUGAUCAAUAUAAUCAAUUAAAACAACAACCACAACCACAGCAGCAGCAGCAGCAGCAGCAGCAGCAGCAGCAGCAGCAACCAUUACAACCAGCACGCGCUAUUCGACGUCAAAUAACAGCAACACCACCGUCCGAUUAUGAAAAUAUUGCUAAUUAUCAUAGCGGAAUAAGUUCACAACGAAAAGUUCCAAUCACAACUCAAUCACGUACCAUAUUGACAAGACCACUGAUUGUCGAUGAAAUUGAAACGAUUGAAACUGAAACACGUGUCGAAUGUCAAGUACAACGUACACAUGAAAUAAAAGAAUCAACAACGACCACGGAACGGUCAGGCAGUCCAAGUGCACCGAAAAAAGUGACCACAACAACAACAACGACAACGACAACAACAGCUGCUCCACCAAUACGCUCACCAGAAACAUCGUCCGAUGAAGCAUCACGUGUCGUUACACCAGCAAAACGAUUUCUCUUAAAUGAUCGAACACACUAUUAUGAAUCAGCAAAAGCGAAUGCUUCACCAAUACCAAUUCGUUCACCACUAGAAUCAACUUACACACCAACAAAUGAAAUUCGUCAACAAAUACAAACCUUUCGUGACAAUAAUUUUCAACAGCAUCGUUACGAUUCUCCACAAUCCGAUACGAUAUCAUAUCAAUUACCCUCCACAGCAACAACAACAACAACAAAAAAAACAGUCAUACGAGAAGAACCAAUACGUGUUGAAGAAACAUGGUUUAAACCUAUACAACGAGAUCGUUCACAAGAUAGUCUCCUUCAAAGUUCAACAUCUCGUUCAAACGUUCGUACAUUAAGUGCUGGUCCACGUAACAUGGAAAUAACAUCAUUAAGUCCACAAAAUCAAGUUACCUUUGGUAAAUAUACACCCAAUGAAAUCAUUGCCAUUGUUCGUGUACCUGAAUUAUCAAAUGGUAAUAGCAUGAGACCAAGUCCAAUUGCGUCCACAAUCAGACAUGGAAUCAGUGAACCGGAACUUAAUGCACGAGUAAAACAACAACAACAAGAAGAAGAAGAAAAUCAACUGGCGAAAUUACAAUAUGAACGUAUUUAUUCUUCGAAUUAUCGGCCAUCCACAAUCAUCAAUCAAGACUAUCAACAACGACAAAGUCGAUCACGAACAAGUCCUUCUGAGACUGCAAAUGGAUAUUCAAGUUCAAUAGGUCCUCAUGCACGCUCCUCAUCAUAUCAUUCAGUUUUACACGAACAAGAUCGACAACAGCAACAAGAACAAGAUCAAUAUGGUUAUCCAUCGAGUUCGAAAUCAGCUUAUCGCCGACAAAUUAAACGUCGUACAGGAAGUCUUGGUAAUCUUCUUGGUCCGAGUAUAGAAUUUGAAAUCGAAAUUGAAAAACGUCCACCACAAUCACCUGAACAACCAACAGUUGUUGCACUUGAUCAAGCAUCGCGUGCAAUUGUCACAACAUCAAAAGAUGGACGCGUUUCAAUUCAAAAUAUUGCUGCACGACCAGGAAACACUGUUGUAAUUAACAGUGAUUUUCAUUCGUCGGAUCGCUCAUUAAAUCGUUCAUCAGGUUAUUUUAGUGCUGAUGAAUUACGUUCACAAGGCAUCAAUCCGAAUUAUUCAAGCGAUGAACAAUCAAGUGGUACCGGAUUGAAUAUGAACGUAAAUUCUCGAUCCUCAAAUACGCCAUCAUCACACGCGCGACGUUAUAGAAAUAAUGAUCAAGUGGCAUCAAGACUUCCAUCACACUAUCGUACAAAACAAUCUAGUAAUUAUCAACCAUUAAAUAAUGAUAGUUUUGAUAAACUUAAUCAAAUUGUGCAUCGUCAUUAUCGACAAUCAAAUACCAACAAUAAUAAUACGAGUGGUUUUAGCGAUACGAUCGAUCAAAUCGAUGCACUUUAUAAUAAUCUCGAUGUUCAAACAAAUGAAAAUUCAAAUUCACCAACAACAUAUGACUUCUCAAAAUCAACAUCAAAUCGUCGUAGAAAUGUAACAAACAAUACCAAUGAUUAUCAAACCCGUUAUACGUCAACUGGCUUUCCACACGUAUCCAAUCAUGAAACUGCAACACCAAAUUCAACAUUACGGCAUUUUGUGUCACCACCAAAUAACGAUACACAUCGUGCCUAUAGUGAUAAUGAAAACUUAAAUGCUAACACUGAACACAAUCGUAAUUGGGGUUCAACAUCAUUGAAUGAUCUUAUCAUGUCAACACCCAUUCGCCCAUCGCAAUCAUUAUCAUCAUCAGGAAUCUUAGCUGACUAUGCAACACCAGGCUCAAUCAGUCCAAAUUCAGGUUAUGGCUCAACACAAAAUGUUGUUUUACAACAGAAUCGCUUAAAUUCUCAAGGACAAGUUCUUCAGCGGAAUCGAACAUCAGUCAAGCAAGUGAAGCAGAAAAGUGCGGCAAAGAAAAAAACAGGAAACAUUCAGGGGCAAUAUAGUGAUGAAGAAGAGGAUAAUGAUUCAGCUGGAGGUCACGAUUCACCACUAUCGGAUAAUUAUCGUCCACAACCACCAACUCGAUUUGCAAAUCGUUAUCAAUAA